AGUUAUGGCUGGGAUUUAGAAGAAUCGGUGGUGAGGAAGUUCGAGAAAGGAUGUUCGCGUUAGUUCACUGUGGAGGUCGGACGAGUUCAGAAGUUUCGAGAAGUAACAUGUGCCGUGGGGGUGAAACGGAGAGAUAAAAGCAGUUUGCGCUUGUGAUGUGCCGCAUGUGCAGUGAAUGUGUGUUCGUGUGUCCUGCGUGGCUUGUCCAACGUACCAAGACCUUCUUCGUUAGGAAAGAUGCCAGCCAUGGACGCGCGCUGUUUGAAAAAGCUGGGAUUUAAACUCAAGCGCGAGAGAGCCCAGUUGCUGUCGUGCUUUAUCUGAACUGAUAUUUGUCUUGGUGUUCGGACCAUUUCUCGAAGAACGAGUUGGUGGGUGGCUGUGCUCUGGUGCAUAAAUGUGGCAGUGUCCGAGUGAACUCGCCACGCGCCGUGUUCAAACACCUGGACAUUGCUAGAUUAUAAGAAAUUCAAAUGCACUGAUCCUUUAAUCUCACAGUACGACGCACGUCACCUUCGAGAUCAGCCAGACCGGGUUGUAUAUUAUCCUUCAGUGCUAAAAACUUUGCCUAAUUCUGUUAGUUUCUGAGAUAUCGGCGAGUGUACACAAAUCUUUUAGUGUCUGGCGUUAUAUUUCGACAGAGUAGGGUGACCGACCACCUUGCGAGCACAUCCCGUUGUGAAUGUCGUUGCGCCUUCAGGGGAUAACAACCCCAACUUCACCAGUCUAAAUGUGGAUAUUUUGGGUAUUGAGUUUAAUGGUGCAACAGUGGCGGAGUAGCAAGGGACCAGGCCAAUAUGUUGGCUGCAACUGUCAGCUCAAAAGCUCCAUCUGUUUCGUCUUCUGAGAGGCCCGCGGGCGGCAAAACACAGCAGCCGAGCGCCAGCAACCACUGCGACGACAUCUUCAUCAGGACCAGCUGGGCAGAUGCUGCCGUAGCGUUGGCUCAGAUCGACAAGGGCAAAGCUACCGGCGAGCGAGCGGCGCUGUGGCUGAGGGCGCGUCUCCAGAGCCAGUUGUUCCAACUGGGCUGCUUCCUGCACCGCCACGCUGGCAAGGUGCUGUUCGUAGGCGUCCUGGUGUUAGCGACCUUCUGCGUCGGCCUCAAAUCGGCGAAGGUCCACACACGCGUCGACCAGCUCUGGGUGGAAGAGGGAGGACGCCUGGCGCGCGAGCUGCAGUACACCCGGGCGGCUCUGGGCGAGGCGGACUCCAGCACGCACCAGCUCGUCAUACAGACGCCGCGCCACCCGCAGGCUUCGCUCCUGCACCCUGCAGCCCUUUUGUCGCACCUGGACGUCGUCAAGGCAGCCGCGAGCGUAACGGUGCAGCUCUUCGACAUAACUUGGAGACUGAAGGACAUGUGUUAUUCGCCCGGUAUUCCAAACUUCGAUGUACAUUACAUAGACCAAAUAUUCGAAAAUAUAAUUCCAUGUGCCAUUAUUACGCCACUGGACUGCUUCUGGGAAGGGGCAAAGCUGCUGGGGCCUGAUUAUCCUGUUAAUAUACCAGGCGUGGGCUCCAAGGUGCGCUGGACCAACCUCAAUCCUCAGACGCUGAUCCAGCACAUGAAGUCCUUCAGCCUGGCGUUCCCUUUCGCUACGCUCGAAGACUACUUGAAGAGGGCGGGGAUAAGUUCGGGUUAUCAAGAGAAGCCGUGUCUUGACCCCAGCGACCCCGAGUGUCCGUCCACCGCCCCCAACAAGUUGUCUGGGCAGUUACCAGACAUUGGAGCGGAGCUUACGGGCGGCUGCUACGGAUUUGCAGCCAAGUACAUGCAUUGGCCAGAAGACUUGGUGGUGGGCGGAGCAACUCGUAACAAGACUGGACACAUACAGAGAGCGCAUGCUCUUCAGACGGUGAUACAACUCAUGGGAGAGCGGGAGAUGUUUGACUUCUGGUCCGACACGUACAAAGUCCAUCACGUGGAGUGGACACAGGAGAAGGCGGCCCAAGUCCUUGAAACAUGGCAAAGACGGUUUUCAGAGGAGGUCCGUCGACAUUUAACAAGUGACAACAGCACAUCACCCUAUAAAGUGUAUGCCUUCUCAACUGCAACCCUAAAUGAUAUCCUAAGUCAGUUCUCGGAGCUCAGUGUGGUCAAAGUUGUUAUUGGGUACAUUGUCAUGUUGGUGUAUGCAGGUGUUUCACUGCUGAGGUGGCAUGACCCUGUGCAUUCACAGGCUGCAGUGGGUCUUGCUGGAGUUGUGCUGGUAUCCAUCACAGUUGCAGCUGGGCUUGGCUUUUGUGCCUUGCUGGGCAUUGCUUUCAAUGCUUCUACCACACAAAUAGUACCAUUCUUGGCCUUAGGCCUUGGUGUUGACGACUUGUUCUUAAUGACGAACACUUAUGCGGAGCAAGAGGGAUCUCACAGUCAGUACUCGCCUGAUGAACAGACGGGCGUCGUGCUCAAAAGGACAGGUCUCAGCAUCCUCCUCACGUCCCUGAGCAACAUGUGCACCUUCUUUGCUGCUGCUAUCAUCCCCAUCCCUGCUCUGCGGGUGUUCUCCCUACAAGCAGCAGUUCUGGUGCUGUUCAACCUUGGCUGCACAUUACUUGUUUUCCCGGCUGUUGUCAGCCUUGAUCUGCGACGGCGGCACUCGGGGCGUGUCGACCUACUCUGCUGCUGCUUGCCUGGUGGUCCCACAGGCUCAGAAUGGCCUUGCUGCACUCUGCCCCACGUUCCUUCUGGCCAUCUCGUGCCUGUCGCUCACAGACGGAGAGGGCAAGUCAUGCCGGAACCAGCCAAGAAACUUCAAGCCAUAACAAGAGCUCUGCCUCCUGACAGACAGCAGACAGUCACUGUUCUGGCCCCACAGGAAUGUUGGGUGGGGUCUACAAGAGAGCUGCUGACUGUCGACAAUGAAAGGGGACAAGGGGCAGUUGGAGGUUGUGGUGGGCAUCAUAUUAUGCAUGAAUGUUGGAGCUGGUCCCUCAGAAAGCUAGCAGCUACACACUAUGCACCUCUCAUUACAAAAUCUCCUGUGAAAGUGGUUUCCAUGGUGAUUCUGGUUGUGAUAUUGGCAGGAAGUGUGUGGGGAAUCACAAAAGUUACAGAUGGUCUUGACCUUACUGACAUAGUUCCACAGAACACAGAUGAGCAUGCAUUCCUGAGUGCACAGGGCCAAUAUUUUGGAUUCUACAACAUGUAUGCUGUGACGGAGGGGGACUUUGAGUACCCCACCAAUCAGAAGUUACUCUAUGAAUAUCAUGAAGCAUUUAUGCGUGUCCCAAAUAUCAUCAAGAAUGAUGAUGGAGGCCUUCCAGAAUUCUGGCUAAGCCUUUACAGGGACUGGCUGAUAGGACUGCAAAAGGCAUUUGACCGAGACUGGUCUCGGGGAAGCAUAACUCAGGAACGAUGGUUUCCUAAUGCGUCAGAUGAGGGAAUUCUUGCCUACAAGCUGCUGGUUCAGACUGGGCAUGUUGAUAACCCCAUUGACAAGUCACUCAUUACUCAGGUUCGCCUGGUGGAUGGAGAUGGAAUCAUUAAUCCAAAGGCGUUUUAUAACUACCUCAGUGCUUGGGCAUCAAACGAUGCCUUGGCAUAUGGAGCAUCACGGGCAAAUCUGCGCCCAGAGCCACGACCUUGGUAUCAUGCUGCAGAAGACUUUGAACUGAAAAUUCCCAAGUCUGCUCCUCUGGUAUACACACAGUUGCCAUUCUACUUGCAUGGUUUGGGAGAGACACAGCAUAUCACACACCUCAUAGCUCAGGUGCGGUCUCUGUGCCAGAAAUUUGAGGAGCGCGGGCUCCCAAAUUUCCCUUCGGGCAUUCCAUUCCUCUUCUGGGAACAGUACUUGGGGCUGCGUCAAUCGUUGGGGUUGGCUUUGCUCUGCGCUUUGUCCGCCGUCUUCCUGGUUGUAUCCGUGCUGUUGCUCAACUUGUGGGCCGCUACUCUGGUGGUGUUGGCCCUGGCGGCCAUGGUUAUUCAGCUGCUGGGAGUCAUGGGAGUACUUGGGAUCAAGCUCAGUGCAGUGCCUGCGGUCCUUCUCAUCGUCGCUGUGGGCAUUGGCGUUCAUUUCACAAUCCACAUCUGCUUGGGGUUUGUGACCAGUAUAGGAUGUAGAGAUCGGAGGACUCAUCUCGCUCUGGAGCAUAUGUUUGCCCCUGUGACUCACGGAGCCCUCACCACGCUCCUUGGUAUCAUCAUGCUGGCCUUCUCAGAGUUUGACUUCAUUGUAAGGUAUUUCUUCUAUGUGUUGCUGGCCCUAGUAGUGGUGGGUCUCAUUACUGGACUAGUCUUCUUCCCAGUGUUGCUGUCUUUAAUAGGACCCGCUGCUGAGGUAAUUCCAUAUGAGUUCCCGGAUCGCAUAUCAACACCUUCACCACCACCCUCACCAGUGCAGGCAAGGGUGGGGUCAUGCCGGGUGGGCAAAGCUCCCCCUCCACCUAGAAGAGGUCAUAGUGGCAUCCAGUGCAACCGUCUACAUGCAGAACCAUCCCUCACAACAAUAACAGAAGAAGCUAAUUCAUGGCACUCAACACAUGAGAUUGUUGUACAGCCAGAGGUGGUGGUAGAGACCACAACAUAUGGUACUCCACAGAAUGCAAGCACUGGUGGCAGUGGCACCAGUCAUGCCUCGACAUCUGCUUCCCCCAUGUCAGGGUCUCAGUCGCAUGUCACUACGAAAGUUACUGCUACUGCUCAUGUCAAGGUUGAAGUGCAUACACCACUGCCAGGAACGGUGGAACAUGACUUGGGAAGCAGCAGUUGCAGCAACAAAAGUCAUUCAAGUCUCCGCAGGGAUUCUAGCUCAGGCUCAGAGCAUGACUCAUCCUCAGAUAAUAACUCUGGCAAACAUGGAGGUGGCAUCGCUCCUUCCUAGCACACGGCUUGAAUGUUGAUACACUGCUCUCAUCCUGAUGAUCAAAGCUCAAAAUGAAAUAUCUUUUGAAAUAAGAAACAGAGCUGAAACAAAAAAUUCAGAACACCAAGAAAAUUGACAAAUAAGGUAAAUGGUUAUGUAUUCUGGAAGUGCUAUCCUACUCAUGAAAAACUACAUUUUAUUCUCUGAUUCCGUCCUCCUGUAUCAUAAAAGAGUACUGACUAAGUUCUCACUUGAGAUUCCAGAAUUGUUUUAAGAACAAAUGUGCUCUACUCUUCUGUUUGAUGAAGGGUAGUUGGGAUUGCGUGCUAUUCAUUACAUUCAUUUAUUAAAUUAAACUCUCUCAUAUCAAGAAGUCAUUUUCAGUGUGAAAGCCUAUCAUAUUCAUGUAGUAAUAUUUGACAAUAAUCAACCAACACCAGUUAUACAAUGGUUUAAGCUACGUUAAUUGCACCAUACGCAUUUUGGUCCCAUCAGACCAUCUUCAGUGGCAACCUUCAUGAUAUCUGGCUCAGAAGUAAUGUGGAUACAUAGAGUUAACCAAACUAAAUGUCAGUAUUGAUACACACACCACUUUAGAGGCAUGUUCUAUGCAGAAAAUUAUGAAAGUCUAUGUAAAUGGGGGUCUUUGGGUGCUUUGUCUUUUAGUUAUGGCCCAUUUUAUUUUGGAAGAGGGGUGAAAAAUGAAGUGCAAACCCAUCCACAUGAGAGUAUUUGAAAAUUGCUGGUUUUUAAGACUCUACCAGGACGUCACAAAGUGUCGUCCUUGUGCUUUCACGCAGUCUCUGCACAUUUCAUUAAAGUUUGCUUCACAUACUUAGAAAUUCCAGGCAUAUGCAAUGAAAGUCAAUGAUGUGGUAGAACUACAACAGUGGUAAUAGAUAAAUAUGAGUUUAUUUAUAAUGCAUCUGGAACUUUUUAGUGCGUGUGAUGAGCAGCAGUGUGGAAGCGCAAGAACAACACACUUAAGUCAUUUUUUGUAAAUUUGUUGUCAAAGCAGUUAUCUGUAAGUUGCAACCAGCAAAUUAUAAAUUAACACUUUCUCCUGGAUGGGUUUAUACUUUAUUUUUAUUCUUCUCCUUCCAAAAUAAAAUGGGUCAUAACUGAAGCAUUGAAGGAUUCCUGUUUACAAUAAUUAUUUGUUUUUGUGCAUAGAAAAUGCUCCAGAAGUGGCAGCAUGUAAUUCAGAAAUACUCUGUAUGUGUUUGCGUUUAGAAAGCAUUGCAGACAAAUUUUAAUAUUUGUUAGUGGUGUACAUAUGUAGCCUUUGUACAUAUUUUUAUAUGGUAAGCUAUAAACAUAAAGUUUUAUUUCAUGGCACUGAAUACAUUUCACUCAUGUUUUAAAUUAAACAUAAAAUUAUCACAGAAAUAUCCGCUGUUGGACUUCCAAGUUAAAAAUUGCCUUUCCUUCACUAGUACUGAGGCCUUGUUGCAGAAAGAAACUAAAUGUUCUGCACAUUUUUACAAACUUAAAAAGCUGCCAAUAGCACAGCAUUUAGAUGCAGAUUUCCUUGAAACUGAAAUAUCAUAAAUUUCAAUGAUACCCUGUUUCUGUGGAGUUCUGCCAUCACAUUUAAAAACACCUUUCAUUUUGGCAGUAGCUCUUCAUCAGGAUGGGAGGAGCAAGCCGACUGAUACACUCGCAACUUGUAUGUAUAUGUUACCAAUGCCUUCAGACUCACAAUGAGGGAAGGCAUCAGUCAUAAACUAAGCAGUGUACGUUAUAUAAUAAACAGGGAUCAGUUCAACUGAUCACUGACAGCAGUCUAGUACCUGGUUCCCAUUCACACAUCAAUCACACACUGGAAAUUCUACUGUUGGUGCUACGCUUCCAGUGCAUCAAGCUUAAAAGUAUUCCAUUUCAUUACAAAUUGUGGGUGCUGACCAGCGACUGACUGAUGAUCCAUGUAAGCAGUGAGCUGCAGUGGCCAUUUGGGCUACCAGCAGAUCAUCUCCAAAAUUCUGAUUGCAUAUCAAAUUCAUAUGCAAUUAAAUUUGUCACAUAUACAAAAUUCUUUUUCUAUUUUCACAUUAAUUUCUGACAUGAACUGGAAGUGGAAGUGGGACUGGAAAAUGGGACUCUUUGCAGAACAAGUGUGUGAGUUUGUGGUUGGAAUUUUUUAGGCACUGUGAAUGGGCGUUAUAAUUAAGCAUUUGGAAAAUUUGACUUUCAUCCAUAUUAUGCAAGUAUAACUGAACAAUUGGAAGACUUAAUGAUAAUAAUAAAUAUCCUGACAGUACCGACACAUUUCUGGAAAGUCAAUCAAUUAUUAUUAUUAUUUCAUCAUCACUUGUAAAUGGCAUCUAUGAUAUGUUUCAUGAAGAAAUAUCUGACAAGACAAUUUUUUUUUUAAAUUUGUAACAAGAACUGAAUUAUAAAAUAGUUUGUGGUUUACACAGCAAAUACUACAUGUUUAUAACCGAGAACAAUAACAAGUGGAACAUAGGGCAGUCAGGAAUUUAAGCACCAACAGUAGAAACCAGAUUCACCCAACGAGAUCUGCAUUUAUGCUUCAUUAUUUUCAAGUAACUGCAGCAAGGGAUGAUUACUGGACUGUUCUGGAGUAAUCUUGUGAUACAUUUUUAAUUCUUGUAACUACAGGAAGUGGGAGGCUGAAAUGUUCUCGCACGCAUAUUACGUGGAAUCCCAGAAGUAGUUCUAGUUUUAUUUACAUUUUUUAUGUGGUGUUCAUUUCAGCACAACUGAAAACUUGCAAAAAAAAUUAAACCCAACUGAAAUUGUAACAUUGCAUUAACAUGGUACAGAACAGUGACAUAUUUUCGAUAAGCUGAGCAUAGCCAAUUAACAUAAUGAUAAUAAUUCUUAAAUAUCUUCCAGCUUAGUAAAUGUUCUCGUACUUUGAGAAAUGUGAUGUAUUGGGAUACAUAUGGACAUAGCAAGAAAGAAAGGAGUCAAGUUUCAUCCAAUUCUCCUUUGAGCUAAUCUUCUUAAUGUUUUACUGCAAUGCCGGACAAAGUUAUUCUUAUGUUAUGUGUUCUGUUGUACAUGACACAGUAUUCACAGAUCUAUUGUCUUGACAUAGGACUUGCAGAGACAUUUAAAAACAUAAUUUAUUCAAGAACCAAUUACACUGAGCAUGUAGCAAAGUGAGAACAUGUUGUCAUUUGGUAGAUUCAGAACUCAUACCAUAAAGAAAAACAAAAUAUUGUUCCCCAGCAACUGCACUGUGGACUGUGACUUACAUAUCAGGGAUUCAAGAUAGAGCAGUCAAGUAACACCUUUCUUGCAGCAACUUUGCAGAAAGUAGUCAUAUAAUAGUAUUUACAUAGUUAUUUAUAAAAGAAAUAAAACCCUCCCCUAUGAAUAUUAUAUGCUACAGUUUUAUAUGUAAAAGCAAGUCUGUAUAUCACUAAUAUUAUUCUUUGUUCCAAUAUUACUGUAGCACCAGCUCUACCAUUGUGUAAUUUUGUAUAUUUCAACUUGUACCUCUUUGUUUUAGGGGACAGACUAUUUUAUUAUUAUUUAUGAAGGAGAAGCAGAUUAGUGUAAGAUAUGUGUGAGGAAAUGUGUGUUAUGUGAUGGCAUCACAGCAUUAUGACACAGCUGCUCCAUUGCCAAUGCAUUUAUGUUUUUCUGUGCUGCCUGGUCACUAAAUUAAUUUAAUUAGAAAAUGUAACCCUUUCAACAACCUGAAAUUGCAUGAAAGCAACCCAUAAAUCAUUAACUUCAUUCUUAUUUGCAAGGUUUGAGUAAUGCAUCGUCAUGUAUUAUCCUAAUGAAGUUUGAAAUAUUGUCUAUCUAAGCAGGGUAGCUGAAGUGGUAACUCAGCUUGUGUUUGAGAAAUGCAUGUUCAAAUCUCAAUCAGCAUCAGCCAUUCCUUGUUUUCCUUAGACCUUCGGGUGAAUGCCAAAUACACAAGGUGGACACUUCUUGUCCAGUCCAUUCACAGUCACCAUAAAUCAUCACCACCAAUUUAACAUUAACAAGAACUUUAAUUGAUACAGUGUCUUUAAGUAACAUGAAAGGCUUUUUGUGUAAUCUUUCUUACAUUAAUAUGACUAUGUGAUUUAUAGAAAUUAUCAGUCUUAUUGCAGUUUAACGGGUUACUUAAUCUUUAUCAAAUGGGAGUAAAGAAUAGUAAUCUCAUGCUUUGGGUCUGCUGACCAGUCUUUAAUUCGUAGGGUUUAACAGUUCAGCAGCAUGCUACUGCAUUGCAUAGCCACGUGUGACCUGUGGCACGCAGCUGACAGUAAUGUAGCAUCAACUGAUGAAUGAACGAAGCCGAGGAAGAUAUAAAUAAUAGCGACUCUUUUGGCAUUCACAUGGAGGGACCAAAAUGAAGUGAAGUUACAUAUCUAGUCCUAUCAUUGUAUGAAAGCAGUAUUGUAUGUAAUAGAACUACAAAGUUUCAUGUUGCCUCACUGGAACACCAUCCCUGUUUUAUAGUUAGAAAAUGGAAAUAAGUCAUUCCAUAUGUGGAGACUGCGCACUACAAUCAUGUGUUCUAAGUAUUGGCAUUGUCCAAAAUCUUGAACACACAUGUACGUUAUUUUAAAUGGUUUCAAAUACAUGAAUGGACAGAGCUGUGGAAUUGCCUCGACUCACAGUUCCCACACAGAAACAUUAGAAAUGAGAUUGAGUAGCUUUUUGUAAACAGAUGUACAGAUUUUCCUGUAUCAAGCAGAUGAAACUGCCAUUGUAAUUAUAAGCAUUAUUAUACUGUAAGUAUUGUAUGUCUCUUGAGCUGUAAUUCUAUUUUUUAGAUAUAAAGUAAUUAUAUUUGAAUGUAAUGUUAGUUCACAACAAAAUGGUAUAAUGUAAAGAAAGUGAAGGAAUAUUUGAUGGAUAGAUAUUCUUGCUUGCACCAGACAGGGCACAGCAUGUAAAAUUGUGUAUGGAAUAAAAGUGGAAGCUUAAA